CGGGUCUAUGCAGUUUUAUUGUGCUAUAAGGCGACUUUUGUCGCCAGUAUACUCUGCUAUAUAAAUAUACCCAAAGCUCUCUGUUUGAUUCCCCUCAUCUCGUUUGAUCUUCCUACUGUGGUUUUCAAAAAAUGCAGGCUAGUGAUAGGUUCAAUAUCAACUCCCAGCUUGAGCACUUACAAGCUAAAUACGUUGGAACAGGACAUGCCGACUUGACUAGAUUUGAGUGGGCGGUAAACAUUCAGCGCGACAGCUAUGCUUCCUAUGUUGGGCACUAUCCAAUGUUGGCGUAUUUUGCCAUUGCAGAAAAUGAAUCAAUUGGAAGAGAACGUUACAAUUUUAUGCAGAAAAUGCUUUUGCCGUGUGGCCUUCCCCCUGAAAGAGAAGAUGAUUAAGAGUUGCCAUAAAUGAAGGCAAGCUGCAAGCUGUAUUGUCCUUUGAUGGUCAUAGGCGAUUAUAAAAAAAAAAACCUAAGUUUAUUCUAUAAUAGGGGGGAAUGGUCUAAUGCAAGAAUUCUCACUGGAUGUCCGUUUUAAAGAUCAAAGUCUUUAACUUUUGUCUUCAAUUUAUGAACUUUGUCAAAUAUAGAAAUGCGUCGAAACUA